UCUCCGUCACAGAUCCAAGAUGGCGCCUACCUUGGUUGCGCAUGUUGUCGCAGACGCAGGAGCUUUUCUGAAGAAAGCUCCUCUCCAGGAGAUCGGCAGCACGAUCUACACCCUGAAGGACGUGGUGGACGAGAUCAGAGACAAACCCACGAGGAGGAGUUUAGCUUUCCUGCCGUACCACCUGACCUUCAGAGAGCCGCACCCCGAACACAUCAGACACGGUAACAAACUGUCCCUGAACACACCACACACUGACCCUGAACACACCACACACCGUCCCUGA